AUGCCCUCUCUUCAGCUUCUUCAGUUGACUGAUCGUGGUCGUGGAAUUUUGGCCUCGAGAAGGAAAGCUUUGCUUAUUGCUACUAGUAUUGUGGCUGUUGGUGGAACUGCUGCCGCUGCUGCAUAUGCUCAGUCACGAAAAAGCAAUAUAAAGAAAAAUUCUUUUAGUGAUUAUAAUGGAAUCAAUAACAAUAAUGAUGAAUCAGACCAACUGAUUGGAAAUAAUGAUAAUGUGAAAAAGAGCAGGCAAAAAAAAGGAAAUUUGAGGUCCCUCCAGGUUUUGGCUGGUAUUUUAUUAUCUCACAUGGGCCGAAUGGGUGCAGUAAAUAUGUUAUCAUUGGUGGCUAUAGCGGUUUGUAGAACUUCUGUAAGUAACAGAUUAGCUAAAGUUCAAGGUUUGCUUUUCCGUGUAGCUUUUCUUCGACGUGUACCAGCAUUUGUUCGUCUUAUUAUGGAAAACAUCUUGCUUUGUUUUGCUCUAUCAACAUUGACUUCCACUUCCAAGUACGUAACAGGGACCUUAAGUUUACGGUUCCGAAAAAUUUUGACCAAGCUCACACAUUCUGAAUAUUUUCAGAAUAUGGCAUACUACAAGAUAUCUCAUGUUGAUGGCCGGAUAAGCAAUCCCGAGCAGAGAAUUGCCAGUGAUAUACCCAGGUUUUGCUCGGAAUUGAGUGACCUUGUGCAAGAGGAUCUCAUUGCUGUUACCGACGGACUGCUCUAUACUUGGCGUUUAUGUUCUUAUGCAAGCCCAAAGUACCUUUUAUGGAUUAUGGCCUAUGUGUUGGGGGCAGGGACUGCAAUUAGAAAUUUUUCGCCACCUUUUGGAAAACUCAUGUCGGAAGAACAGCAGCUGGAAGGGGAAUAUAGGCAGUUACAUUCACGAUUAAGGACCCAUGCAGAGACCAUAGCACUAUAUGGUGGAGAAAAUAGGGAGGAGUUUCACAUUCAGAAGAAGUUUCGGAAUCUUGUGCAGCACAUGAGGGUUGUACUUCAUGACCAUUGGUGGUUUGGCAUGAUUCAGGAUUUCUUGCUCAAGUAUCUUGGUGCUACUGUUGCGGUCAUCCUGAUUAUUGAACCAUUUUUCUCUGGGAACCUAAGACCAGACUCUUCUACCCUAGGAAGAGCAGAGAUGUUAAGCAAUUUAAGAUAUCAUACAAGCGUUAUAAUUUCAUUGUUCCAGUCCCUGGGAACUCUUUCUGUAAGUUCGAGACGGCUCAAUCGCUUGAGUGGUUAUGCAGAUCGUAUUCAUGAACUCAUGGGUAUAUCUAAAGAGUUAGCUGAACGUGAUACAUCUAGUCAGCAGCCUGAUGGGAGCAAGAAUUAUGUUACUGAGGCAAAUUACAUUGAAUUUGCUGGUGUUAAGGUUGUCACUCCAACUGGUAAUGUCUUGGUAGAGGAUUUGACUCUAAGGGUGGAAACAGGUUCUAAUCUCUUGAUCACAGGUCCAAAUGGAAGCGGAAAAAGUUCCCUCUUUCGAGUCUUGGGCGGCCUUUGGCCAUUAGUAGCUGGUCAUAUUGUGAAACCUGGGGUUGGUUCUGACUUAAACAAGGAAAUCUUUUAUGUGCCACAACGACCAUAUACGGCCGUGGGAACUCUGCGUGACCAGUUGAUAUAUCCCCUUGCAUCAGAUCAGGAGGUUGAAGCCCUUUCACAAAGUGAAAUGGCUGAGUUGUUGAAGAAUGUGGAUCUUGAAUAUCUGCUGGACCGGUACCCACCUGAGAAAGAGGUGAAUUGGGGUGAUGAAUUGUCACUAGGAGAACAACAAAGAUUGGGAAUGGCUCGUCUCUUUUACCAUAAACCUAAAUUUGCUAUCCUAGAUGAGUGCACAAGUGCGGUGACAACUGAUAUGGAGGAGCGUUUCUGUGCUAAAGUCCGAGCCAUGGGAACCUCUUGUAUUACAAUUUCUCAUCGACCUGCAUUAGUUGCAUUUCAUGAUGUUGUCCUGUCUUUGGAUGGAGAAGGAGGGUGGAGUGUGCAUUUUAAAGAGUCGGAUUCUCCAGCUCUUACGGAGUCUGAGUUUGUUAAGAAAAGGAUUUCUGACCCAGAGCGACAAAGUGAUGCCCUUACUGUCCAACGUGCAUUUGCUAAUACAAAGAAGGAUCCAGCAUUUACAGCUUCUAGGUCACAUUCUUCGGAGUUGAUAGCAUCAUCUCUGACUGAGGAAGAUAACUAUUCACCGCCUGCCUUUCCGCAGCUGCAAACUGUUCCAAGGAUAUUACCUUUGAGAGUGGCUUCCAUGUUUAAGAUACUAGUACCCACAGUGUUUGAUAAACAAGGUGCACAACUCCUUGCAGUUGCUAUACUGGUGUUAUCCAGGACUUGGAUAUCAGACCGCAUUGCAUCGCUAAAUGGGACAACUGUGAAGUAUGUUCUGGAGCAAGAUAAAGCUGCAUUCGUUAGGUUGAUUGGUGUUAGUGUUCUCCAAAGUGCUGCAUCCUCCUUUGUUGCACCAUCUUUGAGGAACCUAACAUCUUUGCUUGCUCUUGGAUGGAGGAUUCGUCUGACCAAACACUUGCUUAGAAAUUACUUGAGAAAGAAUGCAUAUUAUAAGGUUUUUCAUAUGUGUGGAGCAAGUGUUGAUGCGGAUCAGAGGUUAACUCAGGACUUGGAGAAAUUAACUAGUGACUUGUCUGGAUUAGUCACUGGAAUGGUCAAACCAACCGUUGAUAUUUUAUGGUUCACUUGGAGAAUGAAGCUAUUGACUGGUCGUAGAGGAGUUGCUAUUUUGUAUGCUUACAUGCUGCUUGGUUUAGGUUUUCUAAGGAUUGUCACACCUGACUUUGGUGAUUUGACAAGCCGUGAGCAACAGCUGGAGGGAACAUUUAGGUACAUGCAUGAAAGAUUGAGGACACAUGCAGAGUCGGUUGCUUUUUUCGGUGGUGGAGCUAGAGAGAAAGAGAUGAUUGAAUCGAGGUUUAGAGACCUUUUUAAUCAUACAAAGUUGUUCCUUAAGAAGAAAUGGCUGUUUGGUAUUAUAGACGAUUUCAUUACAAAGCAGCUUCCGCACAAUGUAACCUGGGGAUUGAGCUUGUUGUAUGCCAUGGAACACAAAGGUGAUCGAGCUUCAACUUCAACUCAAGGUGAACUGGCACAUGCACUACGAUUUUUAGCAUCUGUUGUAUCUCAAAGCUUUUUGGCGUUCGGCGAUAUUCUUGAGCUGCAUAGGAAGUUUCUGGAGCUUUCUGGGGGUAUUAAUCGCAUUUUUGAACUUGAGGAGCUUCUAGAUGCUGCUCAACAUGGUAAUUUUAUGUCAGCAGAUUUUUCCUCAGGACCCUUGAGCACGGAGUUCCAAUCAGAUGAUAUUAUCUCCUUCUCUAAGGUGGAUAUCAUUACACCGGCUCAAAAACUUUUGGCUCGACAAUUAACGUGUGAUAUUGUGCCCGGGAAAAGCCUUCUUGUUACAGGUCCAAAUGGAAGUGGAAAGAGUUCGAUUUUCAGAGUCCUUCGUGGGCUUUGGCCCGCUGUCAAUGGAAGACUUAUUAGGCCUCAACAGCAAUUUGGUUAUGAAUCUGGGUCUCGUCUCUUUUAUGUGCCCCAGCGGCCAUAUACAUGCUUGGGGACUCUUAGAGAUCAGAUAAUAUAUCCUCUUUCUCGUGGCGAAGCUGAGAAAAGGACUUUACCGUUGAUCAAAGAAGGUAUAGUAUCCUCUGAUUCAACAGACAUCUUGGAUUCUCAUCUAAAAACUGUUCUGGAAAAUGUUAAACUACAAUAUCUUUUGGAAAGAGAAGGUGGAUGGGAUACUUGCCAGAACUGGGAAGACAUUUUAUCUCUUGGGGAGCAACAGCGUCUGGGCAUGGCACGGUUGUUCUUUCACAAGCCCCAAUUCGGAGUCCUCGACGAAUGCACCAAUGCCACGAGUGUUGAUGUAGAGGAGCACCUCUACAGGCUUGCAAGAGACUCAGAUAUUACUGUUAUAACAUCCUCCCAGCGACCUGCUUUGAUACCAUUCCACUCUGUGGAGUUGCGGUUAAUUGACGGAGAGGGAAAAUGGGAGUUCCGUACAAUUGAGCAGUGA